UCCCAGUAAGGAGAAUGCAGACCAUAAAGUGUGAUGGGGAAGUGGGUAAAACCUUUCUCCUCAUCUCUUACACGACCAGUGCUUUUAAAGAAAAAUACCUUUCUGCACUGUUUGACAAUUACACUGGUGACAUAAGUGUUGAUGGGCACACGGUGACCCUCACUCUGUGGGACACAGCAGGCCGUGAGGGAUAUGAGCAGCUGCGUCCCCUCGCCUAUGCUCAGGCAGAUGUUUUUGUAGUCUGCUUCUCUAUUGGCAGCCCUUCCUCUUACGCUAACGUCAGGCUCAAGUGGAAACCCGAAGUGUCUCAGCAAUGCCCCAAAGUGCCAAUCCUACUGCUGGGCACCAAGUCGGAUCUGAGAGAUGAUGAAGAAACAGUGAAGAAGUUAAAGGAGCAGGGUUUGGCGCCCACCACCCAUCAGCAGGGGGACAUCCUGGCCAAGCAGAUCGGGGCCGUUAAAUACAUGGAGUGUUCUGCUCUGCAGCAGGAAAACAUUAGGGAGGUUUUUGAGGAAGCUGCUAGGGUGGUGUUGUUUCCAGCCCCUAAAAAGAAUUGUGAAAAGUGUGCGCUGCUGUAAUAAAUAGUUCCCAGAUUUGGACAAUGGAGAGGAAUAAUGAAGAUCAACAGAUGCAAAGGCACGCAGAGGAACAAAGGAGGUUAUCUGACGUCUUCCUCACUUUGCUUUCUCCUGUGUUACGCCUUUCUUCCUUAUUCAUCUCUUGUGGUGCAGCUAAGGACAAAAGCAAUGCAACAGAGCACAUGCCAUGUAUUAAUUUGUUCUUGGCUUUGUUUUUAAAUUGUUUUACGUUUUAAGUCCUUAGAGUAUGCGUCUUACACUAACGUAUUACUUUAUAAAGAAAUUACAAUAUAUUAUAUUUGAAUUAGAAAGAAACAAAGAUACCACGCUUUUCAACUUGUUCAGAUUUUGUGAAAUUACCCCCAGACCUCAGUCUUUUAUUGAGGUUUUAUGUGAACACAGGGUAAAGUGGACAGAUAAUGAUGCAAGUUUUUUUCCUCCGUCUCUCUUUUCAGAAUGAAAAUUCUAAAAGGUUCAGCCUACACAUAUAUGAACUUAGCAGGAAGUCUUUUGUGGCAUAUUUCUAAGAGAUUUGCAAGAGAGACUAAAAUUUCUGCACAUUCUUCUCUGCAAAAUAUCUCAAGCUCAGUUGGAUUGAAUGGACAGCGAUUUUCAAUUCUUGCGCAGGAUUUGUAAUCAAACUGAAGUCUGGACUUUAACUGCGCCAUUCCCACACUCAAACAUGCUUUGCUCUAAACCACUCCACUGUAGCUCUGCCUGUGUGGCAUCGUUUUAUAUUUUUACUCUCAAUUCUUUUCCAGCCUCUGACAGGUUUUCUUCUGGGUUUUCUGUUUAUUUAACAUCAUCCAUUGUUCUGUCAACUCUGACCAGCUUCUCUGUUAAAGCUCAACGAGAGCUUCCCUUCAGUGUGAUAAUGACACCAUUAUCUUUGAUGGUGGCAUUCAAUGUUAGUAAUCCUAUGUAUGGACUGUAAAGAUGGUAACUGGAUUGUAUUUAGCAGUAUCAGAGUUCAAGGGCUGGAUGAAAAAAAAGAAUAAAUGUUUUUAUUUGUAUAAACAUAUAUACAUAUUUUAUAUCCUUCUCAUUUCACUAUAUAGGUAUGCACUGCUUUAUAAGUGUAUCCCAAAAAUACUGUUACUCUGUAUUUAGGUUUCUUUUUGAAAGAUGAGAAAAUGUGAAAAGUUUAAUGGAUAUGAAUGCUUUUGCCAGGCGCUGCAGUUGCACAACCCCACUUUGCAAAUACUGGAACAAUGAAGUCAUAUGAAGGUGAAAGAUGAUACUGAGUCACAUUGUUGAUGUAAGACAAAAAGAAAUCCCCCAAGUAAAGUACUCUGAAGUCCUUUGGGAAAUGUUUA